AUGGCGCCAGCAGCUAUCUACAAUCCCUUCAACGCCUUCACCUCGGGUGUCAACGAUGGUACUAUUCCCAUUGACCCUCCACUCAACCCAAAGCAUCGGUGGUGGUGGGAUAAAUGUGCACCACUUCUCAACACUCUGCUCAACAGCGCCGAGUCAUAUACACCGGAAGAAAGGGCAGACCACUUACGCGUCUUUCGCGAUGUUGUUGUGCCUUCGUUCGGGAUUCCGACACCAAAAGCAAAAGCAAGACCGCUUUUGACUUACGAUGGAUCUACUUUCGAACCAUCUUGGAACUUCACCAAGGGAGAUGACGGCGUAAUUCGUUACACAUUCGAGCCCUUGGGAGACACUGCCGGUUCUACCGAUGACCCCUUCGCUGGAGAAAUUGGCAGGUCCAUGAUCCCAAUUCUCUCUCAAGUCUCUUCCGACGUCGAUAUGCGAUGGUAUGAGCAACUCGUUGAUGCAUGGUUUCUCACACCCAAAGAAGCCGCAGCUGCUCGUCAAGCGAUGCCUUCUUUCGUCAAACGCAUACCGCAGCUUUUCCUUGCCUACGAUAUGAAGCGUUCGAAGCGCAUUCUCAAAUCCUACCACUUUCCCGUCCUCAAGCACUUUGCGACAGGAGCGACGACGUCAGAUCUCGUUUUCGACAUGAUCCCCAGGUUACAGCCUUGCGGAGACAGGCUCGCAGCAUCGGCUGCAAAGUUGCAAAAAUAUUUGGCGACGUGCAAAGAGCCGUGCAUAGUUGAGAUGAUGGCUGUCGACUGCAUCGACCCCAACAAGGCGCGCGUCAAGGUCUAUGCUCGGACAACUUCAAACGCAAAGUCAGUUCUGGCAGACGUCUUCACCCUCGGUGGGGCCCAGACCGACGAGGCCACCUUGAAAGGCGUAGAGACCGUGGAAAAGGUGUGGCAUCUGCUCCUCGACGAGCCACAGGGCAUGACGGCGGAACAACGAAAAGACGCUUGCGAUAUGCAGAACCUGCACAAGGGCAUCUGCUUUGCAUUUGAGUUGAAGCCGGGAGCGGAACGUAUCGAUAUCAAAGCACAUUUGCCAUGGGGCCAGACUGCGAGUAGCGAUGCGCAGACCAUGAAGAACUUUGCGCAAGCUCUCAGAAAUUUGGGAUGGGACGAGUCUGCAGACAAGUUCUACCGAGGGGCGACGGAAACUUCAAAGCUACCUGGUAGGGACUACUCUAAGCCUGGCGGGCUCUCUUACGUCUCGUACAACUACAAUGAGACUGGGCCAUACAUGUCUUCUUACUUCUCUCCGAAGGUACAGGGGGACUAA